AGCGCGGAGUGCGGCCGGCUGGCCAGGACUCUUACCUGUUGAACCCGUACACAGAUAGAGGCGGAAGCUCCGGGUCCAGAUCCAGUGGGCAGCUUCCCAGCCAGCCAUGAACUACGUGGGGCAGCUGGCGGAGACUGUGUUUGGGACGGUGAAGGAGCUCUACCGGGGCCUGAAUCCCACCACCCUGAGCGGUGGCAUCGAUGUGCUGGUGGUGAAGCAAGUGGACGGCUCCUUCCAGUGCUCACCCUUCCACGUCCGGUUUGGCAAACUGGGCGUCUUGCGGUCUCGGGAGAAGGUGGUGGACAUUGAGAUCAAUGGGGAGCCAGUGGACUUGCAAAUGAAGCUGGGGGACAGUGGGGAGGCCUUCUUUGUCCAGGAGCUGGAGAGUGACGAGGAGGAUGUGCCUCCCCGCCUGUGCACCUCUCCCAUCCCUUGGGGAGGCCUGUCUGGCUUCCCCUCAGACUCCCAGCUUGGCACAGCCAGUGAGCACGAAGGCCUUGUCAUCAAGGGGCGGAGGAAGAAGCGUCGGAGGAAGAAAUCCAGGCGAAAGGAGGAUGCAGUAGUAACUGAGUCUAGCUCUGAGGAGCAGGAGGCUGGCACUGAGUGUGAAUUAUCCCUGCUGGGAAAGCUGAAGCAGGAUUCUCUAGGCAGUGCUCAAUUGGAAGGAGAAUCCUCACUGGAGCCGAAAGACAUCUACCCCUACUCUGAUGGCGAGUGCUUCCCCCAGGACAGCCUCUUGUCAGGUGGGCUAAUAUUCCCUAAGAGUGACUCAGAGUUGGAGCUUCGGGCUACGGAAUCCAGUGCCUUGACAGCCGAGUCCCACAUACAGUGGGCCUGGGGGAGGCUGCCUAAGGUGGCCAAAGCUGAGCAGCCUGAGUCCUCAGUGGUCUCUGUAAGAGGCACUGGAGCAACUAUUCCUCUUCAGAGGGGAUACAGUACCUUUUCCUCCUCUGCGGCUGACCUGGGCCCUUUGGGACUCACAAUCCCACAGACAGGGGAUAGUGCUAAUCUGCUUUGGCCUGAUACGGAAUCCCACUGGAGGAAAACUCUGGUGGACCCCCCUCAACCCUCCCCAGAGGGUGAAGAAACAAAGGCCCUGAGCUCCAAGGAUGCAAACUUCCUUCCUGCUUCUAAAUCAUGGAACUGGGCCAUUCUGGAGAACCCUGCUCCCACUGGGCAGCCAGAAGUCUCCAGGGGGAAAGGCUCUUUGAAGAAAAGCCAGCACUUGGGCCCCAGUGACAUCUACCUGGAUGACUUGUCCUCCCUGGACUCUGAGAAUGCAGCUCUUUACUUCCCUCAAAGCAGUUGUGGGCUAGGAGCCAGAAGGUGGAGUGAACCCUGCAGCCAGAAGCUCCUGGGGAACCUCAACCCCGAACAUGUACCAGAAUCCACUCCAGACUCAGUGGACCUCAUAGCACUGUCCCUCUGUGGUGGACUGGCAGACAGCCGGAACAUCUCCCAGGAAAAAUUCAACCAGCACAUCGUCUCCUACCAGGAUCUCACCAAAAACCCUGGGCUCCUGAAUGACCCAAACCUAGUGGUGAAAAUCAAUGAGAAGCACUAUAACUGGGCUGUGGCUGCCCCCAUGAUCCUCUCCCUGCAGGCUUUCCAGAAGAACUUGCCCAAGAGCACCGUGGACAAACUGGAGAAGCAGAAGAUGCCCCGGAAAGGUGGGCGGUGGUGGUUCUCCUGGCGACGAAGGGAUUUCCCAGCAGAGGAGCAUGGUGUCCAGAGGGAGAAAUACACAGCCAGGGAGCAGCAGGGGGAGAAGACAGAAGUCCCAAGCAGUGAUGAUGAUGAUGCCCCAGACAGCCCCGUGAUCCUGGAGGCCCCCUCCCCAUCACCCUCAACUCCAGCCUACAUUCCUACCUAUAAGAAGUCCCUUCGUCUCUCUUCUGAUCAGAUUCGGCGCCUGAAUCUCCAUGAAGGUGCCAAUGAUGUGGUCUUCAGCGUGACCACCCAGUACCAGGGCACCUGCCGCUGCAAGGCCACCAUCUACCUGUGGAAAUGGGAUGACCAGGUGAUCAUCUCUGACAUCGAUGGCACCAUCACCAAGUCGGAUGCUCUAGGACAUAUUCUGCCCCAGCUGGGGAAAGACUGGACACAUCAAGGCAUCAUUAGUCUCUACCACAAAAUCCACCUAAAUGGAUACAAGUUCUUGUACUGCUCAGCACGGGCCAUUGGCAUGGCUGACCUCACCAAGGGGUACCUGCAGUGGGUGAGCGAGGGUGGCUGCAGCCUCCCCAAGGGCCCCAUCCUGCUGUCUCCCAGCAGCCUCUUCUCUGCCCUCCACAGGGAGGUGAUUGAGAAGAAGCCAGAGGUGUUCAAGGUCGCCUGCCUGAGUGACAUCCAGCAGCUAUUUCUGCCCCAUGGACAGCCCUUCUAUGCUGCCUUUGGGAACAGGCCCAAUGACGUCUUUGCCUAUCGACAGGUAGGCCUACCUGAAUCUCGAAUCUUCACGGUCAACCCCCAGGGAGAACUCAUCCAGGAGCUCACCAAGAACCACAAAUCCACGUAUGAGCGGCUUGGUGAGGUGGUUGAGCUCUUCUUCCCACCUGUGGCCCGUGGCCCCAGCACAGACCUGAUCAACCCUGAAUACAGCAACUUCUGCUACUGGCGGCAGCCAUUGCCUGCUGUGGACCUUGAUGCCCUGGCCUGAGCCGGCCCCAGCU